AAUUUUUUGACAGGUGUGGUUGUGUUAGUGAGUGUAUGUGUGUCGGUGCGUAUGGAUUGAAAGAAAACAUUAGAAUUAAACGUCACAAUUUCCUAGGAAAUGAUAAGCGGGAAUGAGGUUAGGGGUAAAUUGCUACAUAAAUUAUCGGAUAAGUUGAUGUCUAAGUAGAAGUCUUGCCACUUGAGGGAAGGUAACGUAUUUGAUAUAUUUAAAUACACUGUAUCUGGAAAAAAUAAAUUAACUUUUUUGAUGAUUAUAUAGCUAUUUUUCAAUAGAUGAAUUCUCUUUUAUUCUGGACACAGUGUUUAUUAUUAUGUCACCAAAUGAAAUAGUAAGGAUUCAGAUAUAAAUAAUAAAAAAAGAGCGAAACGAAAUGUUUAAAUAACAGAGAAAAAAAUGCAUUGCUAUUUUCAAAUAAAUUGUAUAAAAAUAUUUUAAAUUAUGGCCUUUGUAAGAGCUCAGCUAAACCUACAAUCAGAUUUACUUUUGAAAUUCAGGAAAGAGUGUGAUUAACUCUUAAUUUAGCACCAUUCAAUUAACUAUUGAACGCAAUCUUUUUAAAAAUGUGUUACAUUAUGAUUUAUUAAUAUUUUGGGGGUCAAUACCCCGAAAUCGUUAAUGAAUAUGCAUACUUAUUUGAAACUUCGACUUCAAUGUACAAGUAAUAAUAUCUUCUAUUCAGGGUUUUUUCUUAAGGUCUCCUGAACGUGAAAUUAGAUUUUAAAUAUUAAGUAUUACCCUAAAUGACUCUUUAAUACAUUGAGAUUUACCAACAAAUAGCGUUUGUUGGGUCUAAUUUACUGGCAAUUGAUGGACUCACAUUUUCCACUUUCCUAGGUCUUAACUCUAUAAGGGUUUUUUAAGAUAUGUACCGAGUAAUUAUUGAUCAGACGACACAGAACCACUUGUAGUAUUGUUUAUAAAUAAUGGAACGCAUUACGAAUUCUCAAUAUUUAAAAAAAAAAUAAAGCAGAUAACUAAAAAAAGUACGACAAUAUUUCACGCCCUGAAAUUAAAAUUUAGAAAAUGUUUGAUCAUAAUUUUCUAAAGUAUUGAUGUUUACUUCUCUAACAACAUUUAGUUUUGUUUUUAUUUUAACGACUAAAAUAGUACAACAACCUCUUCUUUUCCUUAAAAUAUCAUUAAUCUAAUACUGAAGUCACGCAUCGUGUGCUUGGCAUGCCUGCAAAUAUUUAAUAAAGAACACAACAGUUCAAAUGGUUUUUCUUCUGUAUAAAAUUAUUUAAAUGAUAUACAUUCUAACAAAAUCUAUUUUCAGUCACAGGAACGUCAUUACGAAUACUGAAAGCCGUACACCAUGAAGGCGCCACCAACGCACCACCCGUGUUCACUGCUUGUAUUCUCCAUCUGCUUACUAACACUCAUCCACUGGCAGGCUGCACCGAGCCAAGCGUGCAGCCUUAGCAUACACAACAACAAAACAGUUCUUAAAGACCUUUCCCAAUAUUUUGAGAAAGACAGCAGCAUCGUGAUUAUAGAAUAUACUAUCAGAUUUAGAAAUGCCAGUGAUGAAAAAGACUUCAAUCAAAAAACAAGUUCUGAUUCAUUUCAACCAUGGAAGUAAGUAAUAUUUUUAACAAUAAAUUUAGUUUGAGUAGUUAAUGAAAAUUAACAUUAGAAAGCACUGAGCAUAUUUGUGAAGACACACAGUCUUUGUUGUUGAAUUUUUGAUAUCAUAACUAUUCUACACAUUUUCAAAGAAUAUAUUCAAGUAUUAAUUUUUAAUUCUUGUUUUCUAUUAAAUGUAUCAAUCAUAUUUUCAUUUGGUCGACUGUAUACUACUUUCAAAAGAGUUUUAAAGUAUACUUGCUAAUAAAUCUACAGUGAGCGAAUUUGUACCACCAGGAGGCACGACUAAAACUUUGUAAGUUAAGAUUAAAAUUGACAGACAUGCCUAAAUCAGUAGGUUUAGAGUCAAUAUACCUUUUCUUUUUAAUCAUCUAAAACAACACAGGUUAACAGUGAAAUUGGGUCCCUGCCUGUUUCACUUAGAAUUUGUGGAUCCCAUAAAACACCAUGAGUUUGAAGACAGCUUCGUCACAUGUUGAUCGCAAAUGCUGAAACUAUGGAAGUGUUUGUUGUAAAAUAAUAGGCUGCGUGCGGGGAAAUUAAAUAUUUUAUAUUUCAGUUGAUAUUGGUAAUCGGGGCUCAUCACCUAUAAAUAUAAUUCAAUUUAGGACUAAAAUCUAAAAAAAAAAUCGUAUUUUUUAAAUAUAUAUUAAUAUUCAAAUAUGAAAAGUUAUAUAUGCAUCUAUAUUAGGGUUGACCUUUAAUAUGUGUCCCAUUGAAAUCAGUUUGAAAAUGUCAGUAUUAAGACACUUCUGUGUUGAUUUUUAAAAUUUUGUCCCCUGUCCCCAAAAAUUGUUUUUUAAUGUGUAUUUUUUCCCCCCACAUAAUUACAACUGGGGUCCGCGGAUCUAAAAGUCGAAAAGUGUUACAUCAAACCCCAUUAUUAGUUGUUCACUCUGGAUAAUGUGAGUUAUGUGUUUCAAGUUUUCUCUAGAUCGCCCAAAAUACCUUAACCAAAAAAGACUGCGACCUAAUAGUGAAAUUUAUUAUAGAAGGUGCAUCCUUUUCCCCACUAAGACGAGUACAUCAAGGCACGUCACUUACUUACACUUUUUCCUUGUGUUCAUUAAAUACCUGUAAGAAGUUUUACAUGCAGUUAGGGCACUCUACUUAGAUGAACUUGUGAUGAAACAUACUUGCCGACAUACGGAAGUGAUCUGGGGAAUAUGACUUAGAACAAGCUAGCAAGUUAGGAGAAUUCGCCAGGAAUUGAUUUUAGGGAAACACGGAUGGUGACACUGAUUAUUCCUAAAUAAAGCAAAAAAUUAAGCAAAUAAAGCUAUAAAUACAGCUAAGAAAACCUAAUGUGUCAAUUUAAAAUAAAUUCUGUGUAUUUGGGAAAAAAUAUAGCAAUUUGUAAUUUAUCUGGAAAAAAAGUAAUAGUAGUCUGAAAUUCCAAAUUAAAGUUUCAAUCAACUUAAUAUUGGGAAAUUUAUACCAUUUUGUAAACAACUCAUGUCUUCUUUACAUAAUAAUGCCGAUAAUAUACGGUUUAUUAAUAAGACCAAUUUUGAUAUCUCAUAAAAAUACCUUUCUACGUAACAGUUUUUUUUUUCUUUUUUGACAUUGUAAAACUUGGAAAUAUUUAGCAAAGACAAUUAUUUUACUUAAGUUGAUUGUUAUAAGCAAUUUUUUUUUCAUAUGCGUUCAAUAUAUAAAAUGAUGAGAAGUGCAUUUUGUAAUGGAAACUUUAAAAAAAUUAAAUUGAUUUACUAACUAUAUAGUUACCCUCCUUAAAGGUUUAAAUUAAAGAUGAAAACCACAUUACUAUUUAGUCAUAUAGCAAAUAUUUGCAUAAAACAACUACGCCAAGCAGAGUCAUCACCCGACUUUUUGAGGCCCUUGUUUGCUACUUUUUGCUUUUGUCCUCCCCCAACUUGCACAAGAUGAUCAGUGAGAAGAUCACAUCUUUUAGCCUCUAAAUUAUCCGAGGCCCACUGCAGUCUAAAGUUAAGUGACUAUUAUAUUUUUUUUAAAACUAGCAUCUCUUCUAUUGAUAUCCAAGUGCAGAAUGUUGCAAAACGAAAUGAAAGUAUUUGCUAAGAGGCAACUUUUAGUUUGUAUUGAUCCAAUAUUUCUGGGGAUUAUCAAGAUUUUAUAGGCUAUAUUAAGCUACAGACAAUGAUUACAUUUAAGGGCACAAAAAUUGGAAGGAAUUUAUGUUAUGCCACUCUUGCGUGGCAUUAAGGUUGUCUUUGAUCAUUAUUAUGGCCAAUUUUUGCGCUUCCCAUGAGAAAAUUUGAAAUUUCACCUCAAAAUACACCAAAGUCUGAAAAAUACACCAAAUUCAAGUAUGCACUAAAAUGCAACACUGCAUUUUGAAUAUGUGUGACUAUCUUCAACACCCUAAAUUUCUACAUCCCGUUUCCCCACGCUGAUCAAUGUUAAAGUAUAGUAUUUAACAUAAGCUUGUGUCAAAUGAUUACCCUGGGGCACGCCACAAUUGGAGUGAGUUCAUUUUAUAUAUAGCACUAGAACCAAACCCCUCCACAGACCCUUAAAAAUGUCCUUCCCCUAAUAAAAUAUUGAAUAAGAAACAUUGAAUCCAACUAAACUUUGUGUUUGCCGCUAGCUCGCGUCUCCAGGAUCUUUUAGGGCUUCCUCUUUUUCCUAUUCCUUGUGGAUUUCAUGUUAGAUUUUGUCUGGUGAUGUCAUCUGGGGUUAAUGAAGAAUGUGCUGUAUCCAUUCACUAUUUUAUUUUUAUGAUGUUUUAAGCAAUACGCUCCUGGUAUGUCAUUUCCAGUAAGUUUUUGAUGGUGAUUGUGUUUGGCCAUUUGAUGAUCAGGAUUUUUCUGAGGCAAGUGUUUAUGAAGGUCUCUCCUCUCUGCGUAAUCCCCACUGUUGUUCUCCAAGUUUCAGCUCCAUAUAUUACGACUGUUUUGACAUUGGUGUUGAAAAUUAUGUGACUUUGGUUUAUAGCGUCAGCUCUUUUUACUUACCUAAUUUCUUAAAUAGAACAAAAGGUGACCUGGUAUUUCAAAUUUUAGACCUAAAAUUCGCUUCGAAUCCACCAUUUAAGUCAAUGAUGCUGCCUAAGUAUGUAAAAGCCUCCACUUCUUCGAGUGAUAUCCUAACAGAGGUAUAUGUUCUUAGUUGGCUGAGGUUACCCUUAUAAUCCUUGUCUUGUUUUUAAAGCAAGAUUUAUCGGCGCCUUCGAUUUCUACCCUACAUUCCGAUGAAGCUUUUGGUGAUAAUAGAUUUUAUUUAGGCAUUUUUUGUAUAGCGCUUACCUUACAGUUCUAAGCGCUUUACAAUUAUUAAAAAUAUAUAAACUAUAAACUGCUAAAGUAAAAUUAAAAGGAAAAAAAAACAUAGACACUAGAAUAGUAACUACAAUUUGAAAAAUAAAAUAAUAAUGUAGCUUAAAUAUUAAAAUGACUAUAAAAAUUAGUACACUUUGGCACGUUUUGGCCCUUACUACAGGAUCAACCCGAGACAGAAAAGGAGGCAGUGCAAGGAGGGUGAAUCACAGGUCAUAGGCAGACCUAAACAGAUCGGUUUUAAGGGACUUUCUGAAAGUUGACGAGGUUUCACAAUGACGGAUGUGGAAGGGGAGCUGGUUCCAGAACGUGGGCGCAUGGAAGUAGAUGGAGCGUUCACCGAUGAUCUUAGUUUUGGUUCUUGGGAUUGAGAGGGUUCUAUUGUCAAUUGAAGAGUGUAGUUGUCUUGUGGGGGUAAGGAAGCAACAGUUCAGAGAGAUAGACAGAAAAGUUAGGGUCACUGAACGAGUUGAAGCAUAGAUUGGCAGACUUGUACGUGAUGCGAGAGGAUAUUGGAAGCUAGUGGAGUUGCCGCAUAUGUGGUUGAAUGUGGUCAUGUUUCUUUGAUUUAAAAUGAGUCUGCAUGCUGAGUUCUAUGCCUUCUGAAGUUUUUCUAUGUGGUGUUGAGGAAUGCCUGCGAGAAGAGUGUUACAGUAGUCAAAUUUUGAAAGAAUGAGGGAAGAGACGAGAGUUGUUGUGGCAUCAAAGGAGAGAAGGUGUCUAAUGGAGCUGAUUUUUCUAAUUUCGUGAUGAUAGAUACACUUCUUAGAGGCGUAGCUAAUAUUAAUGUUGCCAUGGGGUCCAAAUAUUCUGGCUGCAAAAAUUUCCCGAUACAAACUGCAGUUGUCCGAAAAUGCCACACAUCCAUAUAAAGAAAAAUUGAGACAAGGGUGAAAAACUCACCCCAGCCCCCCCUUUUGUAUCCCACUGGAAACUGGCGUAGCUAUAAUGUUUUGUGACAGGGACGUGAUUUAUCCCCACCCUUUCCUUUGAAACUAAUUAUCUUACCUUAAUACCAUCAAAGUCCAUUUUGGUUCCACCUCUAGUCUGGCGCUUCGGAACGUAUGCCACAACUUCCAUCCUUUAGCUACGCCCCUGGCCACCUGCCAACUGGCAGUGCAUCCCCGAAAAUCUGAAAUCCCACCCCCCCCCCGGGAAAAUGCCUGAAAGAAAUACUUCUGGGGCGGAGCACCCCUCAGCUCCAUUCUUAUGCUUAAUUUCAAUUAACUGCUGGAUUUCGUUCUGAAAAAUGAAGGGAAUGUGUAAAAUUUAAUUAAUUCAUCUCUCCAUAAAGACGCGGAUUUUCACCUUUCAAUAGACAUAUGUAUAGAAAUUAUGAUACGAUGAUGGAUAUAAAAUAAUGAAUAAAAAAAGAUGUUGAUUGUAAUUCCAAUACUAAAUGUAUAUUUACAUUGAUCUCAUGUUGAUAAUAAUGUAAAUAAUAAUCAUAAAUCAUGUCUUAUCCAUCCGUAUAAUUAAUCUAAAUAAUAUCUUAGUCGAUUUAAUGUAUCAAGAGGAAGAAAUUGAAUAGAAAUAUUUCCACUUUACAAAGCUUUAAAGACUGUUGCUCCAUGAAUUUAGCAUCUGUAUAAAAGGCCAUUCUGAACCUGACCUAUAUUCAAUUUUAAUAUUAAUCACAUGUGUGUUUUUGUAGGUGGUACCGUACUCACGGUCCAGAAAGCUCUCGACUCUUGCUGACCUAUGGAAACUAUUAUGGAAUUAUGAGAAUUAUCUUGUCAUUUGCAAUUCAAAACGUUGAUCUUGUUAUGGAUGUCAGCCCUCCUGGAUGUUUACAAAGUUUACCAAAUGGGACAGCGAACACUUACAUCAGAGAUUUUUUACUGACAGGUGACAGUCAUUAAUGAGAUAUUUUAAAAAUGAGUAUUUUUUUCAAAUUAAAUUUAUGUUUAAAGUUGAAAAAAGGUACAACAUAUUCCUACUUUAACUUAAAUAAAUAUGAAAUGGGGAAAAACGUGUUUGUUAUCAAACUAUUUCAGAUCGAUAAAAAAUUAAAUAUAGAAAUGACAUUAAUGCUUAACCAAUGAUAUUUAAUAAAAAAUAUGAUAAAUUCCAUAACAGAAAAUUUAUGUAAUUUUAAAAAGAAUACUUGACUGGAAUGUAGAAUCCAGAGGGUAGCAAGAGGUAUGUAACAGAAAAUACGCAAGCUGAUCCAGACUUAUUGAAUAUGAAACCACAUGGCCUGAAUGUCAUGGUCUUAUUUACCUGAAUUAUUUAACUGGUAAAGACUAAUGGCAGUUGAUUUCUUCUUCUCUUUUCUUUCUAUCUUUGUCUGUAUUUAAUCUCUCACCCUCUAAUUUUCUGUCAUAUCCUCUUGCUGCCCUAUCGGAUACUACUUCUCAGCUAAGUGUUAUUUUUAUUUAAUUAUCUUUUCACAGUUGUUUGAUCGCUAAUAAAUGCUUCUUGCCAACACGUUCGUUGUGUUGUUGCGUUCCCCUUUUUCAGGUUUUCUCAUACUUUGUUUCACACAUUUCCCAUUUAUUUGUUUAUUUUUGGUAACCCGAUUUCAGUCUCUGCCCCUCAUUAGUAUUUUAAAAUGGUUCGUUUAUACAACUGCUAGAUAAAUGGAAUAAACUUUAUAUUACAAUUUACUUCUAAAUUAUAUAACUGUUACGGUUCUUUUAUUGUAGAUAAAUAAUGUUUUUAAAAAUAUUUUUCCACAGACUUGGAAAGAUCAGUAAAUCAAGAAGAAUCUUCUUUAAAAGAUGUAAACAUCUGUUCCGUACGCCUCUAUCAGGAUGAGGGUUUCUGGACAAUGCCAUUUAGGUGAGGUUUUGUAUGCACGAAUUUUUUAACAAUUAAGUUCAACUCUACUAUACAAAUAGAAUAGAAUGUUUUAUAUUGUUAUCUUGUUAAUCUACAUGUCUUGGGAUAGCUCUGUCCUCAUCUUAAUAAGAGAACUGCCAAUACCGUAGCAGUCACAAUAAUCCAAUCAAGAUUAGAUUUUGUAACAGUUGUUUGUGGAGUUUACCUCAAAACCAAAUUCAGUGACUCCAAAAAGUUUAAUAUAUUGCAGCACACAUUGUAUCGCCUACAAAGAGCGUUGUGAGCAUGCUAAAAUAGCAUGGGCAUAAGCGCUGUAAAUUAUAAAAUAUUCAGUCAUUAUCAGCAUCUCAUUCUGUUUACUGAUGUCAAAUCAUGUUUGAUAGUUUUUAACAAAAUGUAAUAAAUUUUAAAAACAUCGAGCGCUCAGUUGGUUCUAAUAAUUUGUAUAUUACUAAAGUAAUCAAUGAUAACACAAGUUUAUUAAAUAAAAUUAUUAAUCAAUACAUCAAACAUUUAAUUAUUACUUAUAAUCCGUUUAGUUCUAUAUUUGUUUUAAUUAUAUCAUACAAUUUCUGCUUCGAAUGUUUAUAUCCGUCAUGAAAACUUCUUUUACUUCACCCUAUUCUCCUGGGCUCUGGUCGACAUGUUUGUAGUAAUUAUAACAUGAUGAUUAAGAGGUGCUGAUACCGACACCCUAUCGCAAAGGGAACAUUACCUCCAAUUGUGAUUCCUGCGUGGGUAGAAAAAGUGUAGACAUUGUAUCUAUCACAAUUGUAGCGGCGAAAGUGUUAUCUUCUUCUUCUAUAUAUUAGGGGCUUACGAUCAAUGUAUUGAUCAUUUUGGCUCCUAUGUAUGUUUAGGAAUUGGCAAUGUUACUGUGCCUCGGAUUGGAGUGGAUAUUUCAUUGGUUGCAAGAACUACUUAGUAAGGGUAUCAUGCAAUGGGGGCUGGAAGGCAGGAGGCUAUAGACACAAAUGUUUCAAGUGUUUUCGUCUCAAUUGUUCCUAUAGGAAGCUUGCUCAAGUCCCUGAUUGUUUUGGCAGGAAUGAGUAGUUUCUAUACACGCUUCUCGCUGGUAUGAGCAGGAACUGCCUGUCAUGGCCUUGUCGCUGUCAAUGGAGGAGAGGGAAGAGUUUAUGUUUAAUGCUGAAACAGUGGAUCAGCCCAUUAUUUAUCUUGUACAUCAUAGAGAGCCCGUGUAGGCGUCAUUGUUUUUCCAAUGGUGACCAGCCUAGUGUUUCCAGCAUGCUGCCAACACUAGAUGUAUUCCUGUAGCGGUUAAGGACAAAGGGUGCAGCCCGUUGCAUAACCGCCCUCAACCUGUCAAUUUUCUUCUGUGUCCCAGACUAAAGAUGCAUAAUCUAAAAUUGGCCGGAAAAAGGCCUUAAAGGCUCUUCUUUCACACUAGAGUUGCCGAUCUUGACAUUACGCCUUAAGAACCCCAGGUUUUUAUUUGCCUUGUUACGAACAAGUAUGGCGAAAUUAAUCUCUUAUUUAAAUAUAUGGCUCGAUCUAAAACAGUAAAAAGCAAAAGACGAUAUCAUAUGUUAAAUACAGUUACCAAUUUUACAAUACUCAAACCAGGGCUAAAUACAGUUUUUUGCUGGCAUCCAUCCGUCACAAUGUGACGAUGGAGUGGGCUUCGUAGGACGAAGUCCACAUAGCCUGGGAUUAUUAUACUUGAAGGAUUAUAAGCUGGUUCCCAACAGCAAAUCGCCUCUCUCCACGCCGCUGGGUAACCCAAGGGAACAUCAUUGGAUGAUACAGCUUGGCACCAGUGACGUCGCAGGGGUUGUCGGAAUGCUUCAUUGUAUCAAUGUUAUCCGCCUUUCGGGACUCCAUCUCCGGGUUUCGGGACUCCAUCUCCGGGUUUGAUUUCAGAGUUGCCUUCUCUUAAAUGAGUUGCCGUCCAAGGUUAACGAGUCCCAUCUACCCGGGGUGCUGGUGGUGUUUUUGCUCUAGCUGGAAUUGAACUCCAGACCAUCAACUUGAGAUUUGCUCAGUUUAGACCACUCGGCCACCCAGCACCCAAAUACAGUUAUAAAUGUAUUAAGUUAAUAAUAAAUUACAAAAUUAAAAGGAAAUAAAAUUAAAGCUAUUUACUUACAGUUAACGAUUGGCUUGGGCUGGUAAAAUGUUGAGGACGAUACAAUUUUGUAAUAGGUACAAUGAUGAAAAGGAAUCACACACAUCAAAUGUUAGUAAACAGAACUCUGGAUCGUAUAGAAAAAUCUCUAAGGUAAUAGUUCUCAAAAUAUAUUUCGUCUGAUCUUCCUGUCACCCAAUCUCUCUAGGCAUAUAUAUAGGGUAAUAAGGGGAGAGACCGCAAUCAGGUUAGCACAAUAUAAAAUUAGUAAAACAGAGUAGGGUUAAACCUGAAAAAAAGAAACGCGACAAAACAACGAACGUGUCGGCAGAAAGCCUUCGUCAGCGAACAAAACAACAGAAAAAAAUGGUCUAAAAAUAAAAUAGAAUAAAUAGCACUUAGCUUGGAAGUAGUAUCCGUGGGUAGCAAAAGAAAUGUGGCACAUGUGUACGAAUAGCUAUCCAUGCCUGAGUGUAUUAUGAAAAGGGCACUAACAGGUUAGGCUGGACGGCCGCUGAAUUGUAUUCCUUAUUUGCAUAUUUCACAAUAAGGAAAAGAAUACAAAGAAGACAUGAAAACUUAUUUUAUUAUAUUAACAAUUAUUUGAAAAAUGUGUUUUAUAAGGACAUAGAAGGACGUUUAAACUAAUUUUAUUAUUAUGGAGUUAAUACAAGAUUAUUACAAAUUAAUAAAUUAAGGUAUACAUUUAAAUUUUACGGUGUAAUGUUUUUUAGAGUAAUAGUCAUUCAAACACGGAACAUGCUUACAUUUGUGUAAGACAUUCGAAGGCCUUCGAGAUGAGUUGAUGAGUAGAUGACUGAAAACUGUGACGGCUGUCUAAGAUAAUAAAAUACCAUUUUUUUUUCUCCGCAGUUGUUGUAUUUUGGAAUCAAACAAAAACAAUCUCCCUGACUGCAAUGAAGUUGAAGAAAGUCCAUUGACUUAUCUAAUAAUUAACAUCGUUCUGUUCAUUAUCUUGUUUUCGCCUUCCUUUAAAUUCCUUGAAUUAACCAAACAAAGGUAGGUUCGGUUACAUUUUUAAUGAAGUUGAGGAUUUAAAUGUGUGAUUAAUAUUAUUAUUUUUUUUUUAAAAAUUAUAUUACUAUGGUUAAUUACUUGUGUCAACGCAAAUUACCUUCGAUAUUCUUUGUGUAAGAUUGUUUGCUUUUUUCCUUUAUAGUCUAACGCCAAUGUAUGGCUAAGACGAUAACACACAUUUCAUGGAACGUUAUUUAAAAUAAGGCAUCCCAUGUUUGGUACCUAUCUUGUUACAACCUCCACAUUCUAUUUAAAAAAAAAAAUGAAACCAGGAUCAAAUUUUUAGCUUAAGUACUUUUUAACUUUUUUAUAACUGUUAAUAUAACAUAAUCAUUAUACUUUGUAAAUUGGUAAGAUAGAUUAAUAGCCAAUAUCACCCACGUUUCUCGUAUUUGCAUUCAGAAUUUAAAAUCAAAACAAACAAACUUCUGAAUCUUUAUCAAUCAAUAUGUAAAUGUCGCGCUUGUCACACCAAUCAAAGUUUUUUUUUCAAAAUGAAAUCCGAACAAAAACAUCUUAUUCUAUAAAAAUUGGAAGCAGCGAGUACUUUAGGUUGGAUAAUAAAAAAAUCUAUAUUUGAAGGUGUCCAAAUGAAAUCUGUUGAAAAACUCAAAAGAUAUAACGUAUUAAUUAAAAUAAAAUUGGGCCCGUGGCCCAUAAUUUCUUCAGCAAAAGGGAUGGCAGUUAGAAGCACCGAGGUUCCACACACGAAUAUUCACAGGUUACAUGGAAUUCAUUACAAAACUGACCAUGUUCUAAAUCGAUCAAAGGGAUGAAUCAGACAUACUAGACGUAUGAAGCUAUCGAGGAGCAGAUGAAGACUCUGAAAGGGUUAAAUAUAUGCAGAGAAUAAGCAUAAUACACAAUGGCCGAUAUCAAAGAGAAGCACGAUACGAUGACCAAAAAUUUUCCAAAGGCUCACUAACCACAAAAGCUUACCAAAAUGAAAUAGUGUCACUUAUCACUCAAUGAAACCAAUAAUAAAUAAAACAUGAAUUGUGGGAAAUUAUAUUUUUUUAAUAAAAAAAGAUGCAGAUAAAAUAGUUUGAUUUCAGAAAACUGACAGUAGAGUAGGCUGAUUUGAUUAUGAAUGCAGAUAGACUUUUCAAGAAAGGAACAAAGCACGAUUGAUUAUCAUUAAAAGGGAAACUAGAAAGACAAGACAAACAUACAAGGAAGCCAGAAGGAAUCAGAAAUAAAUGUAGGAAAAAAAGAAGGAAAAGGCAAACGCUAAAUUAAAAAAAAUAGAAGACUUAUCAAGAGAGAGGGAAACAUCAGAGUAGAGAGUCUUCAAUUAAAUAACGGAUUAUAAUAAAGUACUUGAGAUGUGUGCUGAAAAUUUUAAGGAAAUACCAAAUAGAGAAAAUGGAAAUAUGAAGAUUAUCAACCCCCACAUGGAGAAUCCGACCCCUUAACAACCUGCCCAACUUUGGAAUAAACAUGAGAAGUAAUAUAUUCUGUGAAAAUUCACAAAGGAUCACUCGUGGUAUGUAGCUGAGAAAAGAAGCCAAUUAUCCGAUUUAUUAAAAGAAAACAUUUGAGGAGUUCAACAAAAAAGGGAACCUCUUAUCUAAUCCAAAUUUUACGGACAAAUUUUACACAAAUAUGCCAGUGAGUGAGGAGAAUUAAUGUAUUUAUUUAAAUGUUACUUACCACAUUACCUUAUGAUAAUUACUAAAUCCUGUCCUUUGCAUGAUUUUCAGUUUCUCUAUUAUUUUCUUUCUUAUGAAGUCUUUAAUGUCCCUUUGUCAUUAUACAGGCAUUCGCAAAUCAUGUCUUAUCUAUUUCGUUAAAUAUUUACAUAAUAUUUUUAUAAAUUUAACUAUUUAAACAACUUAAAUAUAUAUAGAUAUAUUUUUUUUAAAUUUGAAAAAAAUGUUUACAAAGUUUUGGGUUGCUACAGUUAUGUUAAGAGUUUUUACUUCAAGUUAUAACAAUGUUUUUGGUUAAAGUUUUGUAAGUUUGUUUGGGUUAAAUUAUGUUAAUUUAAAAAAAAAAAUUAAGUUAUGUUAAAAUGUUUGUUUCUUUUUAUCUUGUAGAAUAGAAACCUACCACUACGACCUACCAAAUGACCAAAAUGUUAUGUUGAAUAUUAAAGUGACAAGAAAUUCUAAUCCUGUGGGGUAAGUGCUUGUUAAUUUAAUGGAAAAAAAUACUUUGCUCUAAAAAUUUUAUAUUAUAAUGACAGCAUUUAUGUUUUAAUUAUUGCAGGUAUCAGCAAGUGCCCACAAUUCAAGACAUUUUUAAAUUUAAUCAGGAACUUAUUGACGAAACGAUCUAUACAGUACGCAUUAAGAAGGCUUGCUUAGAAAUUCCCAUUUCAAAAUUGUUAAGGGAAGGCAGAUCAACAAUCAGUUUUAUGAGAAUUUUCCAAGACUUCUUCUUCGACAGUUCAUCCGAUUCUAGGGUAAAGUGCCUACAAGAUCUUUAAAAUAAUCCUUAACAACUGAAACAAUUGAAAAUGUGUAUCAAAACACAACAUUCAUAAUUGUAUAGUCCUUUUUAAAAAUACAAAUAAGCAAACCCAUUUCAGUAGCUGUGAAACAAUAUGGGAGAGUGUGUGUUUACAGAAAAUGUAGAUUUUUUUCCCCAAUUUAAAAUUCAUCCGUUUUAUUUCAACAUGAUGUCUUAAUUUUCAUGGUUCCUAUCAGAUCCCUAUCUCCAGGGAUCUGACAGGACAAUAAUAUGAUAUUUAGAGAAGCAUUUUAGGUUGAAUGGGAGUCUAUGAUGAUCAGAAUAUUUGAUGUGAGGAAAGAGGAUGAGAGAUCAGCAAUAUAAGCUCGACAAGGCUCAUUUUUUUGUGUGGAAAUAGUGUUGACAUAAUGCUGUCAGAGUUGUUACCAUUUAUACAAAGUUAGCUCUUUCCCCAUCGAUAAUUAACCCCAAAAAUUACUUUAAGCACAGUGUCACUUUAAAUGACACAAUCUUCUCGUAUAGAUAUUACGCUUCUUGUAGACUGCUUCCAUUUCCGCCUGCUUUCUAUUCAGCGUAUUUCGUAUGGGGAUUUUAUUAAAUUUAAUAAUUUUAUAAAUUUGAAAGAAAGUAUGGUUUAAUAAUGAUUUCAAUAGUUCGUUAAACAUAAUUCCCGAUAUCUAUGCUAAAUGAUUUUUUUAAAAUAACGCAACCGCUGUAAGUGGUAAUUUUUUUUUCGGAAAAAAAUCGUCUUAAUUUAGAUAUGGUGCAAUAAUUGUGCGGUUUAAAAGAGGCUGGGACAUCAGAAUAUAAAUAUAGUUCAUGGGCGUAAAACUAAAUGAGUCUAGUGCCGUAUCAUGGAGUAAGGGGUGUAGCGUGACCUUGGAUUCUUAAAUGAGCGUUACUUGAGUUCAUGUUUUUUCACGUAACUUUAGUAGAUGGGAAGUUCUCAAAUUGUUGUCACCAAUGUUUUGCAGGCUAAAACUAGUUAAAUGUAUUUAUUGUACAAUCGGUCAAAUAAUUCAUAUUUUAAUAAAAUGAAUAAAUAACAAGAAAUUAUAAAUAAUAAUAAAAGUAAUACCAAGGGUUUCAAUUGCAUCAGUUAAGUCUUGGGAAAAUAUAUAUGAAAAGCGUACCUAAAGGUAGUUUGUGAAGAAUUAUAGAUGAUUAAAAUUCUUAUACGAAGUGGCUACAUAAACUUAAAUUUUUAUUUUCUUUGCAUUUAAGCUACUAGAGCAAAAACAAAGCAUUACAUAUCGGGCAUGACUAAGACAUCUCUCUAAGGAAAUGUAUGAUUGUUUGAAGGAAUAAUUUAAUCCAAUAAGCAGGAAUAAAUGUAAUCAAAUCAUAUUCCUCACAUUCAUUUGUUCACACACACAUACACAUACAAACACAUACACGCACAUACACACACAUACACACAGCAAUACAUACCCAUAAAUAAUAAACACAUAAGCACAAACAAACAAAAAACGCCCACACGCACAAAAGUCAAGAACUAACAAUGGGAAGUGGAAAAAAAAACAGAAAUGAAAAAUGGGCUAUCAACAAGGUUAUUAUUACAGCAUACUAUUUUUAAAUUCGUAUGUGACAUUGCCCUGGCAGAACUCAUGCUGGAAGUCUUAUAAAAUGGUAUAUUUUAAUGUCAAAAGAUUAUUAAAGGUUUUAUUCAUAAAUAUGUGAUUCUAAAAUAAAUAUGAAUAUUUCCAUGUCAGGCACUUCUUUUCGUGAUUUAAACAUAACACAUCUCAAACACCAGUGGUAAUGCGGAAAAUAAAAAAGUAUUACUUUAUUAAUUUUUUUUUACGGCCUUAAUGUUGCAUAAGUUGAUUUGUGUCAUGUUUUCAUUUCUUUGGCAGGACACUGAACGUAAAUGGACCAAACACCGUCACUGGUGCCUCAAAUUAUUCUGUAUGACCAGAACUACCGUCGCGUUCUAUGCCCUGAUGUUCAUGGCCCUGCCAUCUUUUCUAGCUUUAUAUGCAAUGUGCGAUGAAAAUCUUUGGUAUUUGCAAAUGCGUAAAAAAUUAAAUGAACUAUCAAACAAUGAAUCCGAGGUACUCGAAACUGAAAUAGUCAUUUUAGCUCUCCUCUAUUGUCUUUCCGCACUUGUCAUAUUGAUUAUUGCAUGUGAUACUGAUUUCAAAAUGUUUAGCAUCUACUUUGAGUUAGCCGAUGAUAGUACGAUUACGGAACAGGUGACUCGAUUUAGGACACUUAUCUUAACCAAAUUGCAUUCGUUAAAAAAAUUGUGUAGUUAUAAUUGCAUCAUCUGUUUACCUGUAUAUUUUAUUAUCUUUGCUAUCAUCUACAUCUUAUUGACAAUCCUUGGUUUAUUUUUAACAUCUCCAUUUACUGUAUUGUACUCCAAUUUAUUUAAUAAAUACCUAAUGAGAAAUAAUUCAAAUCGAGAAAAUACAAAGAAGUUUGACGUAAUGAAGCGCCUUUUAAUAAUUAUAAACUUGAUAUCAAUACUAUCUGUAGUAGGCAUUAGUACCCUGGUUUUAGUCAUCAUCUUUAUUUCUCUAAUAGUAUUAAUAGUCGUUGAAGUAAGCAUUUGCUACAAAAUUUUCCCUAUGUUAUUCUUCCUGUGGUUCUAUGUACGAGAUGCUUAUAAGGAAGUUGGGAAUAAGUGUGACAAAUUUAUGGACUACAUCAUAGAGGAUGAUUGUUUCAAGAUUUCUGGCGUAUUUGGAAAAGGCUCAAACAGUAUGUUCGCCAUAAAUAACGGCAGUGCACCUUCCUUUAAAGAAGUACGUUCGAAGCUAUGUGUAGCUCUCAAAUGUCCUUUCCUGUUUGUUGGUAAAGAUGACAUAAAAUACCUCUCUCUAAACUUUCUAUACCACUGUUUCACAAUGAAAUGGGAAGCUGCACCAGGAGAUUUAAUUCAAAAUUAUGUUGAAGUGAGUUGAAAAAUGUUUCGUUUAAAUUAUUAUUUGCUUUUUAAAAUCAAAUUCUAUUUACUUAAACUUAUGUUUCAGUUGUGGAAAAUUAUUUUUAUUUUGACAAAUUCUUAACGAGUCGUAAAGCUUAUUAAAGAUAAAAUUUCUAGAAUGUUUGCGUCGAUUGGCGAAUAUCCACAUCGCUACUCUUUGUUUUAAAUGUAUUAUUUAAAUUAUCUUCUUUAAAGUUUAAAAAAAAAUAUAUCAACUCUCAAAUCGGAUUACUUUUACAAAAAGCGGAGCCAUAGUUCUAUUCAUCUUUCUGCUAUAUACUUGUAUACUUUUACAGAAAACUAAAAGGUUAAUCAAGAUUGCACUCUUCCUCUCAUUUGUGUUUUUAAUUGUCAUGGCCUACGGAUCUUAUGUCUUCAUCUCUCCCGACAAGUACCUACUUAUUACAUUCAUUUCCGGCUUGGUGCCUAAGGUUUUGGAGAUAAUUUCAACGAGGCAUUCAAAUGUUAAACUGGACGAACGGUAAGCUCCAGAUAGUUUCUCAUAUUUUAAUGCCUGCAAUAUUUAUUCAGAACUUUUUUUAUCCUUUGACAGUGCCGUUUUAAGGCAUGGUGACACAUUUGCACUGGCCCAGGGCAUCAACUUUCUCGGGGCAUCUAGAUGACUCACACUUUCAGAGUGAUCAUUCUUUAAAUAUUGCUAACGAAUAUUGAACGAUUUUGGCAAUUUAAUUUGAUUUGUACGUCAGUGGACAGCACGUUUUCCAAUUUUUACCCACGAUAAUAUCGACACAUUUCAAAAUUAUAUCAUAAGUUCGAAUCACAAGUUUGAUCCCUCUUAAAGCGGAGUGACUCUCGUCAAAAAAGUUUGACUUCUCCCAGAUAAGACUCGAAAAAAAAUAUAGUAAGGCUUUAGGUUUACAAUAAUGUCUUGGACUAAGAAAUUGUUUGACAAAUCGCAGAUCAGGAGUCGCAUGCGGCUCUUUGGCGGUCUUAGUCUUGGCAACAACCGGCAACAAAUCGGGUUUGACUCCGAAAAAUAUGGUUCUCAACAGAUAUUAGUCCUGUGUGGUAAUAACACUUGCUACCACACUGAUCCGUAAUCAGUAGUGAAAUUAGUGGAGAAAAUCAUUGCCGUCUUCAAACAUGGGCACACUGCGCACUUGCCCAGGGCCUCGAGUCUUUGGUCUUUGGCACGCCUCAUGCUCGAGUUGGCCUUAUGCCUGUAGGAGACAUUUAUGCCUCUAGGGGGCAUCACAACUCUAGGGAACCUCACGCCUUUAGGGUCACUCAAGCUUUUAUGGGCAUUAUGCUGCCUAUACAUUAUUGUGAAGAAAAAAUGCAUGUAUGCGCCAAAAUGCAUCCCAUCAUUUUGUAGAUCUCAAAACAUUUCUUGGGAGGGAAUUCGUGAAAACCUCUCUCCAAAUUGUUUCCCAGUUUCGUUUGGCACCCUCGAUCCUUCUCCCUCCCACAUUAAAGUGACAGUACCGACACAUUGUAAUCUAAAAAAGCGAUGGAUCUAAGUAAAUACAAUGAUUUUUGUAGUUGUUCAAAGGACAAAACAAUGAAUUUGUCUUUAGUUUGGGAUUCGUAAUAUGAAUAUUACGAUUCCAGGGACGAAAUAAAACUAGGGCUAAAAGCAUAACUUAAGGGGGCUUCACUACCAGAAUGAAUUUAUGGUUAGGUAUGGCGGUAGCGACGAGGUCAGAGUUACCCUUGGGCAUGGGGAUUUCUAAUUCGGUGCUAAUUGAUGCCUACACCCCUCCCCAAAACCCCUGAAACGCUACAUCCGCUUCCCCAUGGAAAAAUUGCCUGGAAGAAAGUAGUCAAAACGCAUUGGCCAACGUAGGACAUAAUGCAUUACCUAACUUCAAAUUAAUAGCAAGCUUUACAAAGGCGUUCCCAAGAAAAGCGGUGCCCAGGGAGAACUACUAAGACGAUUUAGCUGCCAUUGAAUAUGUGAAGUGCAUUGAAUUUUAUCUUUUGAUUCAUUAUUAAGGGCCUUUCUUAAGACGUUUUUUGUCUAAUUUUGGCGCCUUGAAUGAUUGGCCCUCUCCCCCCUCCUAAGCAAGGGCUUGAGUGUAUAGCGUGUCAGUGGCCUUAGUGUGCUCAGGGGCUCUGCUCCUGUAAAGAAAGACUGCCCUGAUUCUUUGUAAACAUUAAUAGAUUUUUAAUUGCUAUGCACAAAUAUAAAAUGUGAUAUAAAAUACUAUUCUUCUUGGUGAUCCCUAGUUUCCACGAGAGUUUAAAAGAAAAAAUAUCGACUUUUGAGGAGACAUGGGCUGUCAAAGAAUUGGAUGUUGAAAUUAGUGACGUUACUAAUCAUGACAUUGAUUAUAUCUUGCUGCGGGAAAUGAAGACAGCGGUAACAUUUCUUACAUUAUAGAUCAUCAUAUUUAAAAUUAAUUAGGUUGAUGUUUAUCCAAAUGAGAAAAUGUUUUAAACCCAAAAAAAUAAAUAUGUUUUGAAUGCAAGCUUAGUGCAACUGUUUCCAUAGAUGAUGACGGACACUGAGUCAUUGGUUUUACUCAUUGGUAGCUUUAUUCGUAGGUUUUGUUUUUUCUGACAGUUUGAUCGAAAUUUGAUCGAAGUUUGACGUUAACUUGGUCAAAACUUUUUUGAAAAUAGUCAAUUUAAUAUUGAACUGUAACUGAAAAUUAUUAGGUUAUCAACGAUUCUAAUCAUUGUAUUUCUAUCUUUAGCGUUGUUAAAUUUCUGUCGUUCAAUUACGCUUAAUGAAUAUCAAUUUUACAUUUUAUAACACAUUGAAUUUUUACUCUUAAGCUAACCAAAAAAAAAAAUUGUUACAUUUUAUUUUCAUGUUGUUCAGAAAUAUCAAGAUUAACAAUUAGUUUUAUUUUCUUUCAUUGUCAAACCGAAUACAAAUUAUUUAAAAUAUUUGUUUUUUAUUUAUUAUAAAAUAUGAUUUGUCAAUCAUUAUGAUUUUAUUGUAACCAAUUUAUGAAUUAUUAUUUAAAUGAAAUCUUUUACGAUUCAAUACAUAAUCUCUACUUGAAAACACUUAUAUUCAUAUCCUAGCUCAAACUUGUAUUGCAAAAAAUUUUAAAUUUAAAUAAACAUAUAUAGCUAUAUAUAUAUAUUUCUUUGUUUAAAACAAAUUAUCACACUCUUACUGUAUGUAAAUCUUGUGUCACCAUAUGCUGUUAUAGAGACUGCAUUAAGAUCCAUGACCCAAAUAUAUUAAUAUAUAUUUAAUUGCGAAAGGGCCUUGUACAUAUUAUAUAACAUAGAAAUAUAAUUAUAAUGUUUUGAUAAUGUACUUACUGUGUUACCUUAAAAAAUUUCUUCUUCCUUAAACCUAUCAUUCAGUUUUUAUUAAGUGGACAGUUCAUUUUUUUCGUUAUUAAAAAUUAUGUAUAUAUUACAUAGUGGGGGGAGGGGGGAGCAUACGAAUUUUAUAAAGGCUAAGGUGGAGCAUGGCACAAACAAGGUUUGAAAACACUGAUGUGAUAUGAUUUAUUUUUAAAUUUAUUAUUAAAUGCUAUAAACAUACAGAAGAUAUGAACGUUUUCAUGUCUUGAAAUUCUAAACUUGAAUGCCUUAAUAUUUAACAUGAAUAUGUGCAACUCCUUACAGCAGCCUAACAAAUUCCGUUUAAUGCUAUUUUUUUUCAGUUUGAUGCCGAUGGUGAUAAUGAAUCUGGAAGUUUCUAGACAGCACCCAUGGAGAGCAGCAUGGAGCAAUCGCUUAAGUAAACGCUCUCUCAUGCCUUGUGUACUCAAACAGUACAACAUAUUUCCAUCGUUGGUCUUUUCCUUAGUGUCUAGAAAUGAUCGACCAAAAUUGGUUUAAAAUGUAAUCGUAAAUUUUUACGUGUGAGUUUUUCUGUCCAUGAAUAAUUUAGUGAAGAUUUGCAACUGUCGGCACUUUUAAGCCAAAUUCGAAAGAAAAAUGUAUACAAAUAAUUAUAUCUUCAAUGAAAUAUACCGUGGGAUGAGCGUGAAAUAUAUUGGUCAAUGUGUUAUGUGACAUAAAUUAGUCAAUACGUUAUGUGAAAUAAAUUAUUCAAUACUUUAUGUGAAAUAAAUUAGUCAAUACGUUAUGUGAAAUAAAUUAGUCAAUAUGUUAUGUGAAAUAAAUUAGUCAAUAUUUUAUGUGAAAUAAAUUAGUCAAAAGGUUAUGUGAAAUAAAUUAGUCAAUGUGUUAUGUGAAAUAAAUUAUUCAAUAUGUUAUGUGAAAUAAAUUAGUCAAUGUGUUAUGUGAAAUAAAUUAGUCAAUACGUUAUGUGAAAUAAAUUAGUCAAUAUGUUAUGUGAAAUAAAUUAGUCAUUAUGUUAUGUGAAAUAAAUUAUCCAAUAUGUUAUGUGAGAUAAAUUAGUCAAUAUAUUAUGUGAAAUAAAUUAGUCCAUAUGUUAUGUGAAAUAAAUUAGACAAUGUGUUAUGUGAAAUAAAUUUUAGCAAAUAGUGGUGCAUAAUGAAAGUACAAAGCUCUGCAUGUUUCCUUAAUGUCGGAGUGGACAAAGAAAUUGUUGGUUAGCGUUUAAAAAAACACGCACUCUUAAAAUUAACUUUGUUAAAACUUUUUUGGUGAUGCGAAGCACGUACACUGUUUUCCAGAGUUUAUUUUCAGAAUAAUAUUUAGCUAAUUUCGAAAAUUUUAAGGUGUGUUGGGGGGGGGGGUCGAACUUGGAAUGUUCAAUUUCAAUGUUUCGUGAAUUAUUGAAAAAGGUUUAAUCUACACUCUUAAGUUGCAAUAAUUGUGAUUUACAUAUUCUAGAGACUUUUUUAAAUGUUCAUGUUAAUCAUGCAUUUUUAUGUUAAUCAGAGUUGUUUAUGUUAAUAAUAAUGUGUAUAUGUUAAUCAGAAUUGUUGAUGUUAAUCAGAAUUUUUGAUGUUAAUCAGAAUUGUUGAUGUUAAUCAGAAUUGUGUUUAUUACCGUCUGUGUUAUAAGUGAUAUGAUUAAAUUAAUUAAAUGUACAAUUAUUUAAAACUUAUCCUCAUUUUUUGGAUCAAUUAAACAACAUUAUGUAUCUUA